AGAAGCUAUAAAAGUUGAAUUAUGAGGGCAGGGGACUCUCCUGCUUUAGUGGAAGUUUGACAUAGAAAGCUUGGUAGGCUCUUAUUAAUUCUCUGCCAUUCUUUUACUCAUCAUCAGAAAGGAGCUUCUGGCAUGGAGACUUCAUCAAUCACAGCUUUAUAUGAACUAGGAAUGGAGGAUCCAGGCUUCACCAACCAGUGGUACAUGAACUCCCUUGAUGAUAUCAGCUUACUACCAUUAGCUGCUGCUGCAUUUGGAGAGAACGUACACCAUCCUUUCUCUCACCAAAAUUUCAACCUCAAAACCUCCAUGGAUACUACUCCUACAAGCAUUAAUGUCAGACCAACAAAACAAAUGAAAACUUUUCAUUUGUCAGACCCACAAUCUGCCUUUUCUCCUAACUUUCUUUCAUUUGUCAAUCCCAACCACGCAAAUCAAAUGGGAUUGGUGAAGCCUAAAGAGGAGGCAGUAUGUUCCAAAAGCAUCAAUAACUUCCCUUCUGACAUGGUAGUUUCCCAAGAUAUCUUUGGGAGCCAAAACUAUGUUUUCAAGGGUUGCCAAGGACCUGAGAGGAUUAGCACAAACACUCCUAGACUUUCUCAAAGUCAAGAUCACAUUAUUGCUGAAAGGAAGCGGCGAGAGAAGCUUAGUCAACGAUUCAUAGCUCUAUCUGCUGUAGUUCCUGGCCUGAAGAAGAUGGACAAAGCUUCUGUUUUAGGAGAUGCUAUCAAGUACUUGAAACAACUGCAAGAGAAAGUUAAGACACUUGAGGAACAAACAAAAAGGAAAACCAUGGAAUCAGUGGUCAUUGUGAAGAAAUCUCAUAUCUAUGUCGAUGAGGGUGAUGUCAACUCUUCCUCAGACGAGUCCAAAGGCCCUAUUCAUGAAACUUUGCCAGAAAUUGAAGCAAGAUUCUGUGACAAACAUGUACUCAUAAGAAUCCAUUGUGAGAAAAGGAAAGGAGUUUUGGAGAAAACAGUGGCUGAAAUUGAGAAACUCCACCUAUCAGUAAUCAAUAGCAGUGUUCUCGCGUUUGGGACAUCUGCUCUUCAUGUUACUUUUAUUGCACAGAUGGAUAUCGACUUCAACAUGUCAUUGAAGGAUCUAGUGAAGACUUUACGCUCAGCUUUCGAGUUCUUCAUGUGAAAAAGAAGCUGCUCCAAGCCCAGUUAGUAUGAUGGUCUAAUCAGUUUCUCUGAUGCUGAUGGAAACUUAAAAGACACCAUAAAUAAUCAGCAUAUAUCUAUACAUAUACGGCUCAAAGCUAUCCUUCUAAAAGUAGACAAGGCCUGUAAUAUGCUCCACCACUUUUGAUCCUUACCUAUAAGCUUGUUUGCUGUGAGGUUCAUUUUGCAGGAGGGUUUUUUUUUCCCUAAUCAGUUUUUGCAUGGUCAAAUUCUUAGCCAUGUCCAGGACCCAUCUGUUUCAAAAGAGUGAUCUCACAGCUUGUUUAGGCUUUUUUAGUGGGAGGUUGAUUAUUCAACUGAACAUGUUAAGUCCCUUUCUUACCUAAGAUGGUUAUCCAGGGAAGAUGGUUUUUUAGGUGUAGACAAAAGGCCUUGUAUUGUUGUAAUUUUGUUUGAUCAGUGUUUGAAGAGGCCGUCUGUGGCCUUCUUUUCUUCUUCUCUGUAAUGCUCUAAUAAUGAUUUGGAACAGUUUGGUUCAGACCAAUGGGAUAAUUUAUUAUAGUAACUUCCAUCCGCCAA